AUGCGAAAGUCAGGGAAGCGUCCAGACGACGUCAUUUUUGCAGCCCUUCAGCGGCUGCUUCACCUGGAUAUGGCGGGUUACCACCACGAAGUGGCUGCGGUUUCGCAAAAGAUCGCUACUAAGCUGGCCACAGCAGACGACAGGAGCAGCGUGGAGCAUCAGACGCUUCAGGCGCUCAGCCGGACCCUCAUGGAAGCAUGUCGUCAGCAUGGCAUGGACGUAACGCCAUCAGUGAAAGGCGGGAGGCUGGGGUUUCAGGGCCUCGAGGACUUUCUGAAUUCGUCGCGAAUGGGAACUGACCACUAUGAUCGCGACAAGCUGGUUACUGACCUGUAUUUCGCCUUCCUGUUCGCCCAAGAUGUCGCUCAAGGCAACGCUCAACGCAUUGAAGCAGCAGUUAACGAAGCAGUGGAGAGGCUUAUAUCAGGACCAGCUCGGGACUGCCUGUCGCCUGUAUCCCCCCUGAGCCCAGCAUCCAGUGGGGGUGCUCCUUCUCCUGGCAAAAGCGUUGGAGGCUUCUCCUCUGGCUGCGUCCGUGCUGCUUCUGCCAAUGACCUCCCUGCAUACGCUCGUCCAGACGCUCUCAAACUGGCCCAGGCCCCUCCGAAACCUACGUCCUUCUUUUCCGCCACGGCCACUACCAGCAGCAGCACCAGCGGCGGCAGCAGUGGGGGAAAAUGGGGUUCGUCACCCUCUUCAUUGAACAAGCCAGUACCUCUUGUGGGCGUUGGGUCAGAAGAUGAUAAGACGUCUGGUGGGCUGCUGGUUCUCAAGCGGCUGGCAUGCUGCGUGGCAAGGGCGGCAGCAGAGGCAGAGGCGCGCAGGCAGAGAGGGCUGCUGGACGCUCAGGAGGUGCUGAGGAGAGAGCAGGAGAAGGCCAGCAGAGCAGCAGCACUGGCUGGUGGCGGAACAAGUGGGGUUGCUGGAGUGGGUAGGGGUAUGCCCAUGGGUGGGGGAAGGCCGAUUCCUGCUGUGCCUGGUGGUGGUGCUCUUGGUGCGUGGGGCUCUGCCUCUGCAUCUCCUCUCAGUGCAGGGAGCGUGGGCGCCCCUCCUGCUGCCAGAGCUGCUGCUGUGUCUAACUGGAAGGGGGGCAGCUGCAGUGCUGUGCCUGGUGAUGCUUCGGUUGGGGCUUAUGGUGGGGGGAUGGGGGGGGUUGGGGCAGGGAAGAGCAGUGGAGGAGGUUGGGGUGGAGGAAGGAGUGGUGAAGGGUGGUGA